UAUAAAUUCGCCUUUUGCUUCUCUCUAUCUCUAUCACGAGAACUCUCUCUGUUAACGUUUCACGUCACCAUCAAAUCUAACAAACACACAUAAACUAUUUUUUUUGUUAUUUGCUUUUUCAUUUUCUAGGUACAAAUCAAAUGGGAACAAUAGAUAUGGAUCCAAAGUUGAAUGAUCUCUCUCAAAUCCUCCCUCGUGUCCUCGUCGUAUCUAGACGCACCGUUCGUAAAAACAAAUUCGUCGAUUUCGUUGGUGAAUACCAUCUUGAUUUGAUAGUACGUUACGGAUGUGUACCAGUGAUUGUACCAAGAGUAACGGGUGUUCACAUGUUGCUUGAGAGUUUUAAACCAAUACAUGGAGUUUUACUUUGUGAAGGAGAAGAUAUUGAUCCUUCUCUUUAUGAAUCUGAAAUAUCUUCUCUUUCUCCUGAAGAGCUUCAAGAGAUUAGAGAAACACAUGCUAGUGAUACAGCUAUUGAUAAAGAGAAAGAUUCUAUUGAGUUAGGUCUUGCUAAGCUUUGUCUUGAACAGAACAUUCCUUACUUAGGAAUCUGUAGAGGAUCACAAAUUUUGAAUGUUGCUUGUGGUGGGACUCUUUAUCUAGAUUUAGAGAAAGAGCUAACGAAUAAGUUACCAGAAGAACGAAGAACGAUGCAUAUCGAUUAUGAUAAUUAUGAUGGUCAUAGACAUGUUGUGAGGAUUGUUGAGAACAGUCCACUUCAUUCCUGGUUUAAAGAUUCAUUAGAUGGUGAAAAUAUGGAGAUUUUGGUUAAUAGUUAUCACCAUCAAGGUGUGAAGAGACUGGCACAAAGAUUUGUGCCAAUGGCUUUUGCUGCUGAUGGGUUAAUGGAAGGUUUUUACGAUCCGGAUGCGUAUAAUCCUGAAGAAGGGAAGUUCAUAAUGGGUUUACAGUUUCAUCCAGAGAGAAUGAGACAACAUGAUCUUGAUGAGUUUGAUUAUCCUGGUUGUCCUGCUGCUUAUCAGGAGUUUGCAAAGGCGGUGAUUGCGUACCAGAAGAAGCUGAAUAGCUCAUUGUCUGUUCCAAAGACAUUGAAGCUUGAUAGUGAAAUGGAGAAUAAAAGAAAGAUGCUUGUUAGGAGUUUCUCACUUGCUAAGUAUAUGUAUGUUAGAGGAGCACCAGGGAAGAACCCAUCAAAAGAAUCAGAACUUGAAGUUGGAGCCGAGUUCCUUGAGGUAAAUGAUCACUAAAUCUCUCGACUUAACUUUACAAAAUCUUGAUCACAUUUGAUUGCAAGAGGCAAAAUGGUUUAGACACUUGCUUGGCCUUUCGUUAUCUUAAGAGUUACAUAGUGCAAGCCAGUUUUUUUUUUUUAAUAUGCAUAGCAUUCAUUUUAGAUGAUGUCUAUGGUUGUUGUGAUGGGCCAAAGCGCCUCGGACCAGACCAGCCCAUUUUAUGCCGGUUCUGAUUUCGGCUUGUGGGAAGCAAACAUGCAUGUGGGACAUAACAUGCAUGGUGGGUUUUGAUUACUUGAAAACGGAUAUCGUUAGGCCCGGCUCACGGGAUUUUGGCCCACCAGGCCACCACAACAACCUUAGUGAUGUCCUACUAUUUUGACCCACAAUGUUUUUAUCAAAGAUGAAUUAUUAUUGUAUCUUUUGCUAACUUUGUUCUUUUGUGUGUAGUCGAACACGGCGCUAAGCGCAGAGCAAGAGAUGAGGCUGAAGGAGAUGGGAGCGACGGUGAGGAACGGAGGAUCAUAUAUGAAAAAGUUGAAAGUGGACGAGGAUAAGCAGAGGAUGGCGAGGAACAUGAUGAAAAAGAUGAACAUAGAGCAACUCUCAGAGCUUAUGGCGUUUUAUCAUUUGAUGGGUAAUAUAUGUGGAGAGGUUUUGGACCGAAAGCUUCAAGGCAAUGUCAAUGAAUGCUUGAGGGACCUAUGAGUUUCAUGUGAAUGAAUCGCAUGCAGAGGAUGCUUUAAGGAAAAGCGACUUUGUAAAUUUGCUUUUUAUAUUUUUUGGUCAGAGGAUGGAAAAAAUGGUAACGUGUGUGUGGUCAGUUUAACAGUCAUAGGUUAUAUGAUGAUUUUACCAACAAGUUUUUUUAUUACAAAUAUUUUCAUGAUUUGCUUUAGCCAAUAUUGCUGAUGUAGAUCCAACAAUGAUUUCAAUGUUUUGUGAAACUAGCACAUUUGUUAUAAAUUAUGGAAUAAAUACUAUCUGGU